UAAGCUAGUCACAUUUUCCGUUCCUGUAAUACUUGCUUUAAUUUUAAUAUUUGAUAAGCCUGUUUGGUAAAUACUCAAAAUUGACGACGCACCCUAGUGGAAUUGAGAAGUACGUUAAGGAUGCUUAAGAACAUUACCACGACACGGUGGAUCAGUGUGCGUCACUACGCGAAGGAUGUUAGGUUCGGCAUGGAGGCCCGCAGCUUACUCCUGCGGGGCGUGAAUAUUAUGGCCAAUGCCGUGGCCACCACCCUGGGACCCAGAGGCAGGAACGUGCUCAUUGAGCAGCUACUGAUCUCUCCGCGGAUCACCAAGGACGGCGCCACGGUGGCCAACAAUGUGCAGCUGAAGGACCGACGCUGGAACCUGGGCGCCCAAAUGCUGCGCCAGGCGACCAACAAUACCAACAAUGAUGUGGGCGACGGCACGACCACGGCCACGAUCCUGGCCCGCGGCAUGGCCUGCCAGGGCAUUCAGGCGACCCGAGCUGGUCAAGUGAAUGUCCAGCUGCUGCGGGAGGGCAUUCUGGAGGGAUCUCAAGUGGUGUGCGAGACCCUGAGUGAGAUGUCCGAGUCGGUGGAGACCAUCGGUCAGGUGGAGGCCGUGGCCAAGGUGGCCCUGAACGGGAACGAGCGCCAGGCCGAGCUGAUUGGCGACACGUUCUUGGAGCUGGGAGAAGGCGGAGCCAUCCUGCUGAAGGAGUCGCACAGCACUAAAGACGAGGUUAAAAUCCAAGAGGGCGUGUCCCUGCCUUCUGGCUACUGUUCGCCCAUCUUUGCAAUGGCGGCUGAUGGCGAUACCCUGGAAUUGGGGAACUGCCUGCUGUUGCUCACGUUGGCCAAGGUAGAUCAGAUAAGCCAGAUUCUGCCGGCCUUGGAGAUGGCCAAGAACAGGCAGCAGCCUCUACUGAUAAUAGCUCCGCACUUUGCCAGCGAUGUGCUGAAGGCUCUGGUCCUGAACCUCCUGCAGGGUCGUGUCCAGGUGUGCGCUGUCAAGGCCCCAGGUUUCGGGGACGAGCAGCGCGACCAGAUGCGGGAUCUGGCCGUGGCGAUGGGUGCCAGUCUGCUGGAGGACGCCAGCUGGCUAGCGAAGGUCACAGAUGAGGACCUGGGUGAGGUCGUUUCGGUGAUAGUAGAUGCGAAGAACACACACAUUUUGAAGCCGAUCAAUGCAAACGAGGAAGAGGUGGAGAACCGGAUUGGGCACAUCCGCGAGCUAAUCGACGAGGCCAGGACAGACCAGGAAGUGAAUCAGCUACAAAAGCGUUUGGGUCGCAUGCAAGGCCACUUGGCCACCAUCUAUGUAGGCGGCAGCUCUGAGCUGGAAGUAACCGAGCGAAAGGAUCGCUUCAAGGACGCCCUGCGCGCCGUUCGAGUGGCCAUAAGUGAUGGCGUUGUUCCUGGUGGCGGUUGCGCCUACCUUCGCUGCAUUCCCGCCCUCGAAAACCUGCCGGAGGCGCAAGUGCCGGAACAUCAGAUGGGCAGGGAGAUCGUGAGGGAUGCACUGCGCUUGCCAGCCUACACGAUUGCCCUCAAUGCAGGGGCAGAUCCCGAUGAAGUUGUCCGGACAGUGCUCGCCGAAAGUGGAAACUUUGGGUUCGACGCGGCCACCGGAGAAUUCUGCGAUCUUGUUGCACGUGGAAUUGUAGAUCCCACGAACGUGUUGCGAGCGGCCGUAAGCGUUGCCGCGGGAAUAGCCUCUCUCCUGGCCACCACCGAGGUGCUCAUCACCCAACAACCGGUCGAGGCGAAAAUACCGAAAAAUCAGGUAACGCGAGAUCUAGCGAAACUCAUUGGAAUGUAAAUAGUUGGUAGUAAUUGCAGCAAGCUCUAAGGCUUAAAUCCAAACAUCAUUAAAUUAUGUGGUAAAAUAUAUAACAGUUUUGAAUA